AUGGCGGAGUCGCCGCCCCCGCCGCCCCCGCCGCCGCCGCCGCAGCAGCAGCAGCUGUUCCUGGAGAACGCGACGUGGGACUACGACGAGGUGUGGGCGCGCGCGCUGGCCAACGGCUCGGCGGCGGGUGCGUCGUCGCUGUUCGAAGUGCCCGCCGGCGUCAUCGUGCUGCUGUCCGUGUGCUACGGCUCCAUCUCGGUGGUGGCCGUGCUGGGCAACGCGCUCGUCAUCUGGAUCGUGGCCACGUCGCGCCGCAUGCAGAACGUCACCAACUGCUUCAUCGCCAACCUCGCCCUGGCCGACAUCGUCAUCGGUCUCUUCGCGAUCCCCUUCCAGUUCCAGGCGGCGCUGCUGCAGCGGUGGAACCUGCCGCACUUCAUGUGCGCCUUCUGCCCCUUCGUGCAGGUGCUCAGCGUCAACGUCAGCGUCUUCACGCUCACCGCCAUCGCCGUCGACCGACACCGCGCCAUCCUCAGCCCUCUCAGCGGCAGGCCGUCCAAGGUGCUGGCGCGGCUGGUGGUGGGCGCCAUCUGGGCGGCGGGCGCGCUGCUGGCGGCGCCCAUGGCGGCGGCGCUGGGCGUCUCGCUGCUGCGGGUGCAGGGCGCCGCGGCGCCGGUGCCCUUCUGCCACAACGUGCGCCUGUCCGAGCGCGCCAUGCUCGCCUACCGGCUGCUGCUGGUGGCGCUGCAGUACGCGACGCCGCUGUGCGUCAUCACCGCCGUGUACGCGCGCAUGGCGCUCCGGCUGUGGGGGCAGCGCGCGCCCGGCAACGCGCAGGACACCAGGGACGCCGCGCUCGUCAGGAACAAGAAGAAGGUCAUCAAGAUGCUGGUGAUAGUGGUGGCCCUCUUCGCACUCUGCUGGCUGCCCUUACAGACCUACAACCUGCUGCAGGACAUCUAUCCACAGAUCAAUGGGUACCACUACAUCAACAUCAUCUGGUUCUGCUGUGACUGGUUGGCGAUGAGCAACAGCUGCUACAAUCCGUUCGUCUACGGAAUCUACAACGAGAAGUUCCAGCGCGAGUUCCGGCUGCGUCUGCGCGGCUGCUGCCGUCAGCUGCGGCCCAGCGCCGAGGUGAGCGAGGCUGGGGGCCGCUCCAGCCGUCGAGGCCGCGAGCUGACUGACCUGGAGGCGCUGGGCACGCUCGCCUCCAAAGGGGCGGGCUGCCCCCAGGCCACCUCCCCGCCCCCCGACUCCGCAUGGCAGUCCUGCCGCGGACCGCCCCCGCACUCAGCCACCGCCACCACGCUGCUGCUAGCCAGGUCUGCGUCCACCUCCAGCCACUUCGACGCCGUCGCCCAGCACCGCUACUGA